AUGCCGGCGCGGAAGCGGCCCGCGUCCGGGGGGCCCGCGGCGCGCGGGCGGGGGCGCGGUGCGGCGCCCGCGCCGCGGCGGCGCCCCGCGCGGGCGGGCGGCGGCGCGGCGGGGGGCGCGGACGCGCCGGAGGGGCACGCCGCGCACGAGCACGUGCGGCUGAGGCGCGGGUUCGCCACGUUCCGCCUGGAUGCGGCGGUGGCGGAGAGCGCCAAGGACUGGGCGCGGGGCAUCGGGCCCGGUGCGCACCCCCGCCGGAUCCAGCCUGCGCACGUCCGCGUCGACCCGGGCGAGCUGGGCGGGGACCGCGAGGCCGCGCUGCGCGUGGCGCGGCUCGCGUUCGUCUUCGCCCAGGAGCAGGGCGCCGCGGUGGGCGCCGUGCGGCGCCACGUGCGGCUGCUGUGCCGCGAGGAGGCCGGCGGGGAGGCGCCGCCGCCCGCGGCCAAGAGGCCUCGCGUGAAGGGCCCGGCCGCCGGGGGAGCUCCGGCGCUCCCGCCCCUGCGCCUGUCCGAGCUGCGGGUGCCGGACGUGGAGCACCCGGUGGCCGAGCAGCGAGCAGAGCCCGAGUGGGUGAGCAGGCUGAUGCGGAUGAUCAACUCCAGGGAGACGAUUGCGAAGAACAGGGCGGAGGGGCGGUCUGGUGCUGCAGUCUACGCCGGGGUGGACCCCGAGUUCCUGCCGUACUUCCAGCGGCGGGCCUGCCCGAAUGUGCAGCGGCGCAACGACAGGACCCAGGGACCACCCGUGACCUGCAUAGGCUCGCUGCGGCGCAGGAGCGUCUGCGCCUGUGCUCGUCGGAGGCCGAGACGCACCGGCUGA